UAUAUGAUUGGUUGUAGUGAAUGGCGAGCUCGCACUGGACAGGGAAGGCCUGCCAGUCUUGUUGUCCCUUCUGUCCUUUUUUUCUUUUCUUUUUUUUUUCCUCUCUCGUUUUUGCCAGAUGGAUGCUGUAUUGGGCAACCCGUGACCCUUGUCUGUGACUCGGCGGGUGGGUCGAUGGAGCUGCUUGCCCAGGCAAAGGUAUCUUUUAGCUGCUCCUUGCGUGUGUGUGUACAUACCUCCUCGCAAUUCAUAGUAGUAGGUACCUAUGUGUAAGACAAGACAAGACAGGCGGAUCUUCCCCUUCCUCCUUCCCUUCUGUGGGGAUGUCGUGCUGGUGGACAUGGUCGAGACUAGUGCACUAGCGGUUAGCGAGACGAGGGGGAUGUGCAGACCAGGGCAAAUGCCAAGCAGGGCUUCUGGUGGUGUAAAAUAUGGGGAUGGUCCAGAAGGGAAACCAGACGAUGAUGCGAUGCACGAUGGAUAUUGAUGCUUGCCGCAGGUCUGGGAGCCGGUCUGGGGAGGAAGCUGUGAAGUAAUGGAAAUGC